UCCAGGAACACCAUUCCAUAUCAUCAAAAUGGCUGACUUCUCUGGCAAGUGGGCGUUCGACCAUGGUGAGAACAUGGAGUCCCUAGUGGACAAGCUGAAGAUUGACCCAGCCAAGAUUCCCAAGGAUCGUAGCACCACGGUGGAGAUCACGCAGAAUGGAGAUAACUUCCACAUCGUUUCAGCCGGCGGUGGCAGGAACCGUGAUAUGAGCUUCACCAUCGGCAAGGCAUUCGUCGAUCCCGACAUUCUGGAGUUGCGUAACAAGGAGAUUCAAGUCACACCGAACUGGAACGGGAACAAACUGGUUCUAACCGGUCCCAAGGGCACCAACAGCGCCACCAGGGAGAUCGUCGGUAGCCAAAUGGUGGUCACUUUCAACUGGGAGGGGACCGUGGGCAAACGGUUCUUCAAUAAGGCUUAAGCAUGGAGGCUGCAACCGUUUUGUCUUCCUCAAGUGUAGCACUUGAAUUAUUUACUCAAAGCCUUGCAACUAAUGACAUCCAAAUUUGUUUGUUUUUUUACAUAAAAAAUGAAAAAUGAAUGCAUUGUCUAUUGUUAAUUUAUGGCUAUCGCCUAUCAGUGAAUACUAGCGCCAAAGCCAAAUGUCCAAACUAUCAACAAAAAGGUGACAAAAUAUAAAACAAAUCGUUAAAAGGGUUUACGAUAGAUAGUUAAAAAAAAAACGGAAACAAAGUUAUUAUUUUGUGACCCUUGGAGAACUUACGCAUCGGUCUAUUCUUGCAAGAUUAAUAUUUCAUUGCAAUAACCGCAGAAUGGAUUUCAAUUGAGUUUCAAGAACCCCCCCCCUUAUUUGUUAGAACAUUUAUUUUUCCUUUGAGUUAUAGCAACACCUAUUGGCGACACCAGUCCUUGUCUUUGUCACUAUAAUGGGUAACGAUCGUGAUAUCUUUAACCCAUCCUCACUGCUUUUGUCUUGUUCUUUUAAGAUUGAGAAUAACUGAAACGUUAGUAAAACCGUCAACUCCAUUAAAUGAAAUAAAACGUUCCCAUGUCAUUGCUAUAAACAAUUGUUAAAGAUCAGCUUCGACAUAGCAUCUAUUGAAUUUUUCCAUGUAAAUGUAGAUGUAAAUGAAUUCAUCUGUGAAUAUAUAAAACAGGUUAAUUGUUCGUUAAAUGUUAAUUAAAACAAAGCUUUGAUAUGAAUU